CCGUCACCGGAGUUUUCUCUCUCUCUCUCUCCUCCGCCAUGAAAACCACCUCAUCACCUCCCCCUUAAUUAGGGUUUGUCAUCUCCACCCCUUUUAACCUCCACAGUCCUCUUCAUUUCUCCACCAUUUCAAUCCAAUAUCCACGUCAUCAUGUCAUACUCCUACGGUCAAAAACCCCCACGUCAACCGGGUCGACCCACCUACCUCCCACCCUACCAACGACCCACCCACAUUCCCGAUCAAACCAGUUCUAGAAUCGGUGUACGACAACACAACUAUCAUCAUCGAACAAACCCUAACCAGUACGACACCGUUUUACAAAACUUUAACCAAAUGAAACUUACUGAACAUGAACAACAAGAAACCACCAACACGGGUAUCAAUUUCGACGCGUAUGAAGACAUACCCGUCGAGAUAACCGGGUCGGACGUACCCAAACCCGUUAACACCUUCUCCGAAAUCGAUUUGGGGCACGUGCUUAAUGAUAAUAUCAAAAACCGGUGUAAGUAUGUGAAACCGACGCCCAUACAACGUCAUGCGAUUCCGGUAGCUUUAGCUGGUCGUGACUUGAUGGCGUGUGCUCAGACCGGGUCCGGUAAAACGGCGGCGUUUUGUUUUCCGAUUAUUAGUGGGGUCAUGAAAACGACGUCGUCUCUGCCGUCGUACGGUCGUCGGGAGACUGUUGCGUUUCCUCUUGCUCUUGUUUUGUCUCCCACUAGAGAACUUUGCUGUCAGAUUUUUGAAGAAGCUAAGAAAUUCUGCUUUCAAACUGGUGUGAAAGUUGCUGUUGUUUAUGGUGGUGCACCAGUUUAUCCUCAGUUGAGGAAUUUAGAAAGGGGUGUGGACAUUUUAGUUGCUACACCAGGAAGAUUAACCGACAUGAUCGAAAGAUCAAAAGUUUCGCUUGCGAAAAUCAAGUAUUUGGCUCUAGACGAAGCCGAUCGAAUGCUGGAUAUGGGAUUUGAACCCCAAAUCAGAAAGAUUGUCGAGCGUUUGGAUAUGCCGCCUUGUGGUCGUCGACAAACAAUGCUGUUUAGCGCAACUUUUCCGACUGAGAUUCAAAGGAUGGCGUCCGAUUUUCUUAAGAACUACAUAUUUCUGUCCGUCGGUCGAGUUGGUUCCAGUACUGAUUUGAUCCUGCAAAAGAUUGUGUUUGUUGAGGAUUCGGAGAAACGUGACUAUUUACGCAAUCUUCUUCAUGAUCAGAAAGCAAAAGGAAAUCUGGGGAAGAAUGCAUUGACUUUAAUCUUUGUGGAGACUAAACGAAGCGCGGAUUCUUUAGAAAAUUGGCUAUGCAGGAUGGGUUUCCCCGCUACCGCAAUCCAUGGAGACAAAGUCCAAUUUGAAAGGGAAAGAGCCUUGCGGUCGUUUAAAAAUGGUGCAACUCCAAUUUUGGUGGCUACUGAUGUUGCGUCAAGAGGACUGGAUAUCCCUCGGGUUGCUCACGUGAUAAAUUUUGAUCUGCCACGGGACAUUGACAGUUAUGUUCAUAGGAUUGGGAGAACCGGCCGGGCUGGUAAAUCUGGUCUAGCAACUGCUUUUUUCAAUGCUAAGAACUCAAUCGUUGCUAAACCGAUUUCUGAGCUUAUGAAAGAAGCUCAUCAGGAUGCACCGGGAUGGCUUGAUCAGUACGCUGAAAGUCAUUCGUCUUCUAGCGAUUAUCGUCGUGGUUCUAGCAAAUUUGGCGGUCGGGAUUUCAGGAGUGGUAAUGAUGGUUCGUAUGGGAAUGAAGAUUAUGGCACGACUGCAGCAUACGGUGGGAAUGCAGAUUAUGGUGGUACUUCUUAUGGCGGUUAUGACGAUUAUGCUCCGCCGAUUGUGGCUGCGGGCGUUUCUGAUUCGUAUGGUGGUUUUGGCGGCGGUGGUGGUGGAUAUAGUGGUUGGGACUAAAAGUAAUUUGACAGUCGUUGUGCCACUCUCUUAUGAGCUAUGACUUGAAGAAAUGGUUAUAUAUUUUGGUUUAGGUUUAAUUAACUUUUUGCUAACAAAAAUGAAGAUUGGGGGUGGGUGGUAUAGGUGAUAUUAUAUAGAUGGUUUAUUAAGCUACAUUUUACAUUUUGAUGAGUUGACUUUUGGGUUGAAGUAACAUAUGUAAAGCUUGAACAAGCAUAUGAUGAUGAUCUUAAAAUUGAUGUUUCUUUUGGCUAUUA